AGUGUGUACACUGCACGUGUGUGUGAGUUUGCUGCAGGUUUCAAGGAAAAACUGAGAGGUAGCGAUGUCGUCCCUGAGUAGGAUCGCACGGUGCGGCUCCAGAAUAUUCAACGCCGGGACUCGGGCUAGCGCUACAGGCAGAGGGCGAGGAUACUCGGCGACUGGAACGAGUACAAGUCUUCGCCGCGUGGGAGUUAGCGUUGGUGCUCUUCUGGCUGGGUCUGCAAUGAUAUAUGGUGGCCACAUAGCGUUCAACAGAGAAGGCAGUCCGACGUUUUCCCCCGCCGUCCAA